AGGCGGGUGCAACCGCUUCAGGAUUCUGGUUCCCUGAUCGCAUGACCGAAAUUCUGGGGAUGAUGAGCAGCCUUCGACAGCUGAGGAGGGAGACGCACAUCGACCUCCGUCACUUGGAACAAGAGCAGGAGAACUUCCACAUUCAAUACAACCAGUACGAAGAAAUAAACAGGGCGCUGAAUUCCCUUCAAGGUCGUGAGGGGCAGCAAGGGGCGGAAGCAAAGGUCCUUUUGCUUCAAAACCAGAAUGCCGAGAUGCAGCAAAACCUUAAGAUGAAAGUCGCUGCCAUUGAGGAGGCCCGCAGAGCGUAUUGGCAGAAGCAGCUGACCAACUUCCAGCGCUUGCAGGCCCUGCUGGAGGUGGUGGAGAGUGAAUUGGCCAUGUAUAAGAGGGAGCAGCAGCUCGCCGGGAACGGAACUCCAAUUACCCGCAGUUUGGAUCAAUUUCAGACUUGCAAACUCAAAGUUGCAUUCCAGCGUCAACGGAAUUAUGCCAGUGGUGCAAAUAUUGUUCCUCAUUUCAUCUGGUUCGAGGGGUUGGCCGAAAGCACCUGGGAGAUGCGGCAGCAGAUCACUGCAUUCCAACGGCUGAGCGAAAGCUCUAGGUUUCGGUUCAACGACCAAGUCAUCCAGGUUGACUCGCUGGCAGCGGAGGUCACCAAGUUCCUCUCCACCCUCAUCACCAAGGCGUUUGUGAUCGAGAAUCAGCCGCCGCAAGUGGUGAAAACAGGCACCAAGUUCACAGCCUCGGUCCGCUUGCUCGUCGGAGGGAAGCUCAAUAUUCACAUGAUAUCUCCUCAGGUGACGGCGAGCAUCGUCAGCGAGGCACAGGCGAGACAACUCUACCAACGAGAUAACUCCCAAACUUCCCGCAUCGACACCUGCGGAGAGAUCCUCAACAAUAAGGGAACAAUGGAGUACCACCCGAGUGGCCGCCAGCUCACUGCCUCCUUCAGAUGCAUGCAACUGCGUAAGAUCAAGCGAACUGAGAAGAAAGGAAACGAAUGUGUGGUGAUGGACAAGAAGUUCGCUCUCCUCUUCCAGACAUCCUUCAAAAUCGCUGGAGAUGUCCCUGUGGAGGUGUGGGCGCUGUCCCUCCCAGUAGUCGUGAUCGUCCAUGGGAUCCAGGAGCCGAACGCGUGGGCCACGGUCAGCUGGGACAACGCAUUCGCGGAGGCGGGCCGCGCUCCUUUCGACGUCCCGGACCAUGCCCCUUGGCCGAGGGUGGCCGAGAUGCUCAAUGCCAAGUUCAUGUCGGCGUGCGGGCGCUCCCUCACGGAAGACAACCUGUGGUUUCUCGCUGCGAAGGCCUUCCGGAGCCAUGCGCCACAAGACUACAACGGCCUCUCCCUGACGUGGAGCCAGUUCUGCAAGGAGCCCCUAAAAGACCGCGGCUUCACCUUCUGGGAGUGGUUCUACCAGAUCCUGAAGCUGACGCAAGGGGACCUCUGCUUCCUCUGGAACACGGGGUUGAUCCUGGGGUUCAUCGGGAGGGAGCAGACGAGGGAGGUCCUGCGGCGGUGCCGGCCGGGGACGUUCCUUCUCAGGUUUUCGGACUCGGAACUCGGCGGCAUCAGCAUUUCCACGAUCACCAGUUCGCCCGGAACCAGUAAGGAGAAGGGUUAUCGCUUUCUGGAGGAUGCCGUGACCCCCACCCCGUGUUCCAGAGGAAGCAGAGGUCCCCUUGCGUCAGCUUCAGGAUCUGGUAGAACCACUCCCAGAAGAUACGACGACGCCUUAUAUCCCGUCGACUACAUGGAGAUUCUGCGGGAUCUGACCGGUGACAUGGAGGAGUCCCAGGACUUGGAUGUCAACGCGAACAACCUCCCUAACGGAAUCAACAUCACCGGAGCGAGAGGAUGA